UACCGCGAAGUUUGGUUUGUACUUCGCUCUCAUCUCUCCCAUUUGCAUACACGAUAUAUAAAAUCACAUUAAACCAACCAAAUAACCAACAGAGAUAUCUCGAGAUUUGUUCGCCGACGACUGGAAUCAGAUGGAAGUGAACCAAGGUGAACAAACAAGGGAGAAAGACUCAAAGGGAAAGGAAAUCGCAGGAAUUAGAAGAUCAGGAAUCACAAGGCCCUCACUCAAUUUCCUGGCCAUUCUCAACGACUUCGGCAUAGCCCUCGACACUUCAUGUCCUGACAAACUCUGUCAUCAGCUCUAUUCCGGAGUUUUCUUAAAGCCCAACAAACUGAAGUUCUUCGUUGAUGAGAAGGUAAACAAGAAUUGCUUCGUGCUAUUUGCAAGAGAACUCUAUGUCUGCCACAGUCAACAUCCUCAAUAUUGGCAAUGGAUCGAAGAUAAGGACACAAGUGGGGAAGACAUUGAAGUGGCUAAGCUAUUGUUAGUAUAUUGGUUAGACAUCAAAGGCAGUAUCCAAACAAUCGAUCUCUCACCAGCAACUUUGUACGAAAUUGUCUUUCUCGUGAAGUUAAUAGACGGGCACUCAAUGACCAGUUUGAAACUUGUCAUCAUCCCCCAGUACUCAAAAACUUUGACGCGCUCUGAGAGUUUACAAGGAAAGCCUUUAGAAAGUUGGUUUGAGAUCCUGGUAGGUGAGUUCAUGAUGUCACGAGAAUACUCUGGAAACAUGAAUUUCGGACUGGAACAACAACAUGUGGGGGAGGCGAAGAAUGGACUUGUUGUGAAAUGUGCUAUCGUUCGACCUAAGAAAUAACAUGAUCGAAAUUCGGCAUGCUGUUGAGCUUUUCUCCUUCAUAGAAAGCGGGGGAUGUCAAAUGUCUACUUUGGUUUGUUUAUUUGAAAGUAUAUUGUGGUUUAGAAGUUGUACGCACAUUUGUAUAUGCGGCUAUAUAUCAUGUUUCUUAUAUUUCUACAGCUUUCUUACUAUUUAUUAUAGACAUGAAUGCUGAACCAUAACACUUUGGAAUGAUACUUUGAGGAGCUAUUCCUUUCUUUUGGUGUCAUUGUAAAGUGGUUUCUUGACUACCAUAUUCCUCAACCAUAUGUAAGCUUACCAGCAAAUGAAGAUAACCAUUUAUUUUUUUUCAUAA